AUGUCAUUAAGUAGUUCAGAUACAAGUGGUAUUGAUGAUGAUGACGGAUAUGAAGAUAUAGUGGAUGAAAUACUAUUAGAGGAGGAUGAUGAUGAUAUCAAUGAUGAGGAUGAGGAGUAUUAUGAAUUAAAUGCCAAUAAUACUAGUAGCAAUGGUGAUGUAUUUAAUAACAGUCGUAUAAAUAAUAAAAGAUCGAGAUUAAACAACAACAACAACAACAACAACAACAACAACAACAACAACAACAACAAUAGUAAUAACAAUAACAAUAAUAUAAACAACAAUAAUGAUAAAGAAGAUAGUAGUAUUGGCGAAAGCGAAGAAGAGGAAGAGGAAGAAGAAGAAGAAGAAGAAGAAUACGAAGACGAAGAAGACAACGAAGACGAAGAUUUUUAUAGUGAUGAAGAUGUAUUAGAUGAUAAUGACGAAGAAGAUGAUGGCUACGUUUUAUCAGAACUAAUUCCAUCAUUUUUUAGGGAGGUCUUAAAUCACUAUCGUGGUAGAAAUAAUAACACUAAUAAUAACAAUAAUGAUAGUAGUACUAACAAUAGUGCCAAGGUAAUAAAAUCUUUAACUGAAGGAACCAUCGUUUCUCAAAUACAAUCAAGAACAAGAGAUAGUAAUACCAAGGUUGAUCAAGAGAUUAAAGAAAGAGGAGUUGAAAAUAUUAGAAUAUCUCAACACUAUUUACCAAAAAGCAAAGGUGUAUUAAUAGAUUCAUUGGAAGGUAGGGCCUUUUGUUGUAAAAUAACUAAUGAUGGGAAAAGACUCAUGACCGCAAGCCAAGAUAAAAAAAUUAAUAUUUACGAUACAAGUACUUGGGAAAAAAUUAAAACUAUUGAUGCUAUUGAUAUUCAUUGGUCAAUUAUUGAUACUGACUAUAGCCCCGAUCAAAACUGGUUAAUUUAUUCCUCAUGGAGUCAAUAUAUACAAUUGAUUAGAGUAGAUUAUAACCAAAGUGAUGAAGAUUACACCAGAAACACAAAUAAUCAAACCAUCAGAGGAGGUAUUAGACAAAAUGCAGAAAAUUAUCACGAAAGCUUAUUUUUAGACCCAACCACAGAAAGAUUUUGUGUAUAUAGCUUAAAAUUUUCACCAAACAAUAAAGAAAUAUUAUGUGGCUGUUCAGAAGGUAUAGUAAAAAUAUAUGAUCUAGAGACAAGAUCAAAUUUGUGUAGUUUCGGUGGUCACCCAAUAGAUGUAAAUAGUAUAUCGUACUUAGAUUGUACCGGCAAUAUAUUUAUGAGUGGCAGCGAUGACACCUCAAUUAAAAUUUGGGAUAAAAGAAUGCUCGACUCAACACAAAAUGGCAAAAUUGAUCCAAUUGGUAUUUUCACUGGCCAUCAGCGUGGUAUUACACAUGUAUCAUCAAAAGAAGACGGUGUUUAUUUAUUAAGCAACAGCAAAGACCACUCUGCCAAACUUUGGGACAUUAGAAAGAUGGGUGAUCCCAAAACAAAAUUACCAGCUGACUAUAUUGACCCAAGAUCAGGCUACUUAUAUUUCAGAAAUAAUGAUUAUAGUGGUCUUUCAAAUCCAAUUAAUGACUUAUCUUUAAUGACAUAUAAAGGACAUCAAGUACUUCAAACAUUAAUUCGUUGUUAUUUUUCACCAAUGGCCACUACAGGUCAAAAGUAUAUCUACUCUGGCUCUUUUGAUGGUACUGCCUAUAUCUACGAUCUUUUAACUGGUAAAAUAGUCAAAUCAUUAAAUCAUAGUAGCUCUCCAAUUCGUGACUUGGCCUGGUCUCCAAACUCUUUAGAGUUAAUUACAACUAGUUGGAGCGGUGAUGUUAUUUUGUGGGAUCAAUGGGAUGACUCAAGAAAUGUUAAUUAA